UUGGUAUUUUUUUUUUUUUUUUGGGAGACCUUAAGAAAAUGCAAAUCAAAGUCAAGUGCUUUCUUUUUCACGCAUAAAUCUGUCUCUUUUGAAGACUCUCCUUUGUUACAAAAUUUCAGCAAUUUUAUCACAGGCACAAAAUAACAGAAGGGGAUGUCAUCAGACGAGGAGGAUCUAGACAUUAACGAUGACACUACAUCACAAUUGGAAAACAUGACUGAGGAUGGCGGCGAUGGGAUGGAUAUGGAAGAUACAACUCCCUCUGUGAGAAACUCACCAGCCCCAGAAGCGCCGGCUCUGACUGCAGAUAACACGAGACACUUAGAUCUUUUAAUUGAUCCCCAACUUUUGACCUGCACAUCAUAUGAUUGUGUUCCUCUUGCAGCAGCAUUUCACCCUUCACCUAUAUUUAGUCUGGCAGCAACACGCUGUUUUCGCUGGAUAUUGACAGGAUCAGACGACGGAUAUAUUCGAAAAUGGGACUUUUUUAGUACUAUGAAUGGGAAGACAGCUUUAACACAAGCACUGAGACAUUAUCAUGUCGACUCAGUCAUUUAUGCAGGUGUGAUAAGUUCGUGGUGGGAAAAUGAAGAGUUUCCAGUCGAGGUUGCCAAUGAUAGCAGCUCCAAUAACAUCAGUAAUAAUGACAACAACAUCACUCAGUCAGCGCUCACUACAGCCAAUUCGUCCACAACAACUACAUCGUCUGUACUAUCCGCCUCCAACACAACCAUCUCCUCUGUUCCUUUGCCAUCUACUGUAGUGCCUGCGCCAACAACAUCCACUUCAAACAGGUCGCUAAGUGAUCAGAAAUUAUCUCCUGUUUACAGUUUGGACAUUCAUUCUGAGGCACUUUGGGCAGUUCAAGGUUGCGAAAAUGGUUCAAUUAAUUUAACAACCGUACGGCAUGAUGAAGGCAAAACACAUUUUAUACUUAGAAAACAUACUGCCCCAGUAUCUGUUUUAAAGAUCACGCCAGAUGAAACAGGAUUAAUCAGUGGCAGUUGGGACAAACUGGUGUUAGAAUGGGAUUUAAAUACAGGAGCUAUAGUUAGGUCAUACGAUAACAAAGCUACCACCACAACCAAUGGCAAUUCUACUGCACCAGCAAGUCAUAACUCACAAAUUUCAUCAGCAGAAUUUCGACCUAUUUAUACGCCUUAUUUAUCACAGUCAGAGUCAACAGCAGAUAAUAGUAAUAAAGAUACAAAAGAUAGUAAAGACAAUACUGAUCAGACGAAAACAACGACAGAAGAAACGUCAGCAGGAUUGGAAUGGGAUAGAAAAGAUUCAAACACGUUAAUGACGACCAGUAUUGAUGGGCAAUGCUUAAUUUGGGAUCGAAGAGAACCAUCACAUCAAGCAAGGAGUUUGCCUAUACCUCAGAAAACUCCUCCAUGGUGUCUGUCUGCUUGCUGGAGCUCUGAUGGAACAAAAAUAUACAUAGGUAGAAGAAAUGGUACAGUCGAUGAGUAUGAUUUUGCGCAACAAAAGCAAAUACAAUCCCUUCGCAUGCCUGCAAAUUCAGGACCAGUGUCUUGUGUUAGAAGUAUGCCGAAUGGCAAGCAUAUUAUAUGCGCCUCAAAUGACAAUAUACGUUUAUGGAAUACUACAGUGGAGUCUACUUUUACUAUCCGUCCGAAUACGGAAGGCGGAUUCAUAAACGCUAAAGCGUCCACAGCGAAGCUCGCUUCUGUAAUUCCAUUUAAUAUUCUACCAGGGCACCAUGGCGGUACCAUUUCUCAUAUUGCUAUUGAUCCUACUUGUAAAUAUAUGAUUACAACCUCCGGUAAUAGAGGUUGGGAAGGUGCUUCAACAAAUGCUUGUCUGUUCUAUGACAUAUCAUCUGUGAUGUGAAUAAUUUGCUGGUAAAGGCCAAAUAAAAAAUAAAAAAAGGUCCGUACAAAAAA